AUGUGUGAAAAUUUGCUGGCCGGCAAUGCAAAAACUUCAAGUGGUUCUUGCUCUUCUGUCCAACUCAAACUUGGAUCCUCAAUUUUUGAGGAAAGAGUGAAUGGAGUGAAAAGGAAGGCAGGCAUGUUGCAGCACAGAUGGGAGGCAGUGUACAUCAGCUGUCUGGAGUGGCAGUUGAGGAUUGAAGGCAAUCUCAGGAUUUGCAAAAGACUUAAUAGAUAUAUUGGGUUUGGUAAGUAUAUUAUUAGGGAUGCACCGGAUUCAGAUAGACGCUUAAAUCUGGCCCUAAAUCCGGCCACCAAAUCCGGCCGGGGCCGGAUUCGACCGGAUUUGAAAAAAUGCCGGAUUUUGGCCGGGGCCGGAGCCGGGGCCGAACUUCGGUGCAUCCCUAAUUGUUAUAGGUAUCUUUGGUUUAAUCUUGCAGAAUAUCAUGCAGAUGAUUCAGAUGAUGCAACAGAUGAUACAACAGACGGCAAUUUGGAUACAUUUGGAAGUAACAAUUGCCUGUCAAUGAUUGAAGAAGAGAAGGAUCAAGAUCUACAAUCUGAUGCAGCAGAUGUGAAUGGAGUAGUGGCAGAUGUAUUGAAGAAAAUGAAGAGACACCAACUGACUCAUGAUGGUGAUGUGGGCUACUCAAGUGAUGGACUGCAAUCGCCUAUUGAUCUACGUUUGCACACCUCUGGACUGGUUAGAAGUUCUUUCGAUGAAGGAAAUAGGAAUGUGAGUAAGAUGAAGACAAAUGAAUGUAACAUGGGCUCCGACAUGAGUGAUAGUAGUGGUGUCGGCAUUUCAGCAACUACUGGUAGCUGUAUGAGCAGAAGUGAGGCAGCCACAAAUUCGGACCAGCUGAUCAGUGGAAGUGUAGGUAGCAGUGGAGAUAGCAUUGGCAUUUUAGUCAACAAAGUAUUUACAAAUUAUGACAGCAGUGUUCCAGCAACUGAAGAUGAAUUUUCAAAUGAUGAGGUCAAAAAUGUGGUUACAUCUAAUGAUUACUCUACCAUCUACAGUAAAAGCAUGGACAUGUUGACUUGCUAUGAGGAAAGGAACUUGAAGAAUCUUGUUAGAGACGGAUCAGUGAGUGACGGAGAAGUGUUGAAGAGUACUGAUAGUAACAUCACAAAGUUUCACAUACCAGACACCCUGACCAGGUGGAACAAACACAAAACAAGACUCCAUCUCAAUGAGGAGUCCCCUGGAGAUGCCUCCUUUGAAAGUCCAUCUGACAAGAUUUCACUAAGGAAAUAUAAACAAAAGCAAGCUGUUUUUGCAAGUCCAAUCAAGUUAGCUAGGAAAAGAGCAUUAAACAAUAAUGACAAUCUUUCUUUGUCAGAUGGUCAACUGGCUAGAAAGUUCAAAUCAGAAAAAUCUUAUCACAAAAUAAGAAAGAUAAUGUCUUUUGAAGGUUUGAACUUGAAUCUGAGGCAUUAUGAUGUUGAUGAGAACGAAGAAGAUGAGCAAUUAGUAGUUGAUCUCCAACAGAGGACCAACAACGUUCAAGGUUCAGACCAGCGUGUGCCAGAUGAUGAAUUGAUGUCAAAUACAGCCGAUGAAAUCAGCAGUCUCCAGUCCGAAUUUGAACUUACGGAUGUUGAAGUGGAAGACACAAGCUUCAAGAGCAAUGUGGACAUAUGGUUGAAAGAUAAUAUCUUUGACAGAUAUUACUAUAAAGUCAAUAAACAUUCUUCAACUCCCAAGAGUCACCAGUCUCGAAUAGCUAGCCGACAACUGCCGUUCUGUGAUUACCUGACGGAAUCUGACUCAGAGGCUGAGGAGUUCAAGGCUACACUGGAAGAUCAUAACAGAGCCUUCACUUACACUCAGCAAGUUGUUCAAGACAUCGCUGAUACAUGGGCAGCUAAUCCUCAACAAACCCCUGAUCCAAACAAGCUGAUGGAACCACUAGCAACGUGCGAAACCAGUCUGAUGUGUUUGCAAGAUUUAAAAGCAGCUCUCACUCGCAGCAAUAGUGCCUGCUUUUUUUAUGAACAACAAAUAAAAAUUGUUGAAGGGAUGCUGAAGAAGUGGUCAGAUUUGAAGAUGUACAUAUGCCAACGGCAGCAGCAUGCUUGCAGCCUCAUAUACUCUGAAACUUUGAAGCUGGAAAAAGAUUUAAGUAGAUCCAUGCUUCUGUUGCAGAUGUUUGACACAAAAGAGUGUGCAAUCAUGACUGAAGGACUUGCUGAUGGUGGUGAUCACGGUGAUGAUGAUGAGGAGGAUGACGAUGAAAGUGGUACUGCUCUUCAGAUACUUGUUGAAACGAUUAAGGCUUAUAAGGCUGAGAAAGAUCAUCUGUUUGCAUUGAAAGAAAGAUUCGGCCAACUCUUGAAGAGAAAUUGCCAGCCAGUGUCAAACAAGUUAUGUGAAAAAAAUUAUUGUGAUGAAGGAAAUGUGUUUGAAAAAAUUGGGAAGUUAAACAAUAUCUGUGAAAUUAGCUUGGAAAAGGCAACAAGAACAGUUAUGUCCCUCUUAUCGGCUGUUGAGCCAUGUAACAAGUUCAUUGAAUUGAAGAGACUGAUCACAACAUCGUUGGAUCAGUCGCAGCAAUGUCUGCAAAGUGUCGACUAUGAGAACAGUGGUCCUGCUCUUGUUCAGUUGUUGUCAAGCGAAAUGAAAGGUGGGUGGAUUGAUUUGAGAGUGAAGGUCUCAGAGAUGUACCAGCUCAAUACCUCAAUCUGUCAACACGUACCGAUGAAGAAAAUAUUGAAACUGAUCAAGAGUGAUCUGGAGAAAAUUGAUGGAAGGUACAAAGAACUACAGCUACAGAGUUCAUCCGUCAUUGAGAAGCUCAUAUCAAACAAAUGUUCAAGUCUUGGUGCCAGUGUGCUGUCCGAUAAUGUCAACCAGCAACAGCACGGCCCAUCAAUUGACGAAAGUUUGGUCAAGGAGAGAGCGUCAGAUCCCAACAGCACUGACAGACAAACAGGAGUUCCGACGGCAGUAUGUAGCACUCCUAUACAAGAAGGGAACAGUGGUGUGGUCAAAGUCAUGAGGAACAUAUUGAAGGUAGGAGUGCCACUUUCGGCUGCAGUUUUGUUUCUUGGAUGGAUGUACACCUAUUCAAGCUCGGGCCCCUGCAAUAGUGACUGUUGUUUGACAAGUCAACAACGUGUUUUUAAUCUUUUUAACUGGAAGUGGACGAUGGAGUUGAGCAACUAG